AUGAGUGCGACGUCUGCUGCGACGGGCGCUCCAGCGCAACAACACGUCGCCAGCCCCAACGGCACAUCAAAGCUAUCGCAGCCCUCGCCGGACGCGCAUUCCUGGAGCGAUGAGGGUUCGAGUGGUGAAGACGGUGUCGACCGCAGUCAGAGCGGCACCGCGGGCAAAAGGAAGCGCCCUCUGUCUGUGAGCUGCGAAACGCAAGUAUCCACGAGCUGGUGCAUGGUACAUGGUGCUGAACAACAAUUGACUGUGGUGCAGCUGCAAGACGCGCAAGGAUGGUGCAUGAAGAACAGCAGCGCAUGCGUUUAUCUGCCCCGAAAGAAGCCCGGGUUGCGCGCGGGCUAUGGCAGAGAGCUUGAGGCGCGUCUGGACAAACUGGAGAACCUCAUCGUCCAGCAACAGAACCAGAUCCACCAUCUCUCCACCAACCAGAUUGCAGCCAACCACUCGCCUCAAGAAGCCUCCUCCUAUCGGCCCAGCCCACCGAUUCUGCCGCACACGCCUCACGUCCCACGACCCGAGACAGCUCUGUUCCUGCAGAAGCCUGCGUCGACAUUUCCUUCGCAAAAUGCCCUGCAAACUCAGUUCAGUGCCCGUGUCACAGACGGGCGACCGGCGCCAUCCGUCACAGGGAAUGCGUACCAAGGGCAAGCCGAAGAGAUGCAACAGCCCAUGACUGGGCUGCACAGAGACUCGUUCUCGUCGUACAGCGAGCAGUUCACGCCUUCCAUGUCGCGAUCACUGGGACAGACGGAUGCCGACUUCCCCCCAUACGACCUGCUCUAUGCACUGGUAGAUUUGUUCUUCAAGCACAUCUACCCCUGGUGUCCUAUCCUGCACCGCCAGACCACCUUGAACUCUCUCUUUGGCGACCAAGCCUUGGACGAAGAGGACCGCAUCAUCCUCCAUGCAGUCGUUGCCACUACCGUCAAGUUCUCCACCGACCCGCGACUGACGGCAGAAAAGCGAUCGCGGUACCAUUCCAGCUCCAAAUCCAAGGUCCUGCUCUAUGGUAUCGAAAACAGCUCUGUCAAAUCACUGCAAGCGCUUGUCAUCCUAGCUUUAGACGUUGUCGGCUGUUCCAACGGGCCACCCGGCUGGAACCUAUUGGCUUUGAUCACUCGCAGCGUCGUUCAACUCGGCCUCUCCAUGGAAAUCUACUCGCCGGCUGUUGCACCGCAGUACGCCUCCAUAUACACCCUUCGCGCCAUUGUGCUGCCGGAGCCAAAGGACUGGAUAGAGGAAGAGUCGCGACGUCGAUUGUUCUGGAUGAUAUACGUACUUGACCGAUAUGCGACAGUUGCGACAGCUUUCGAGUUUGCAUUGGACGAGAACGAAAUCGACCGUCGUUUACCGUGCCGUGACGAUCUUUACGCCCGCAAUGUGCCUGUCGAGACGCGAUGGUUCCAUACCAAGACGCGAUCAGACUACAGUAUGAACCGACCGGAAAACCUGGGCACCUUCUCCUACUACGUCGAGGUUCUAGGCAUACUUACCAAAGUCCACAAGUUCUUGAAAAAGCCAGUCGACAUUACCUCACUUCAGGAUGUAGAGCAAUGGCAGAGAGAAUAUCGAGAGCUCGACAACGCGAUUGAGGAGUGGAAGUACAAUCUCCCGCAAGAGUUCGGCAACUCAGCGAGAAUGUUUGCCAAAGCUGGCUUGAAUCAAGGCCUCAACAGCGGUCUUCACGUGUGUUACUGGUUCAUGGCUCCACCAUCGAUCAUCGCGUCGAUACCUCCAUCAAUCUCCCUAGUCAACACUCUCCAGGAGUUGGGUCAAUACUGGGAGGUCGGAACCCGAUAUGCCAAUCUUCUCUCACGCGUCCUCUCUGAGUACCAGGAAUCGCAGCAAGCGCUCACCGGCAUCAAUGGCGAACGCGUGACACCUUCGACAGUCAAGAUUCUCGCCGACAUGAGAAGAUGCGCUUUCGAUCUCGACUUUCUGAUCUCGCGGCAACCCAAACUAAACAGUAAUGCAAGAUUGCCGUCCGUGACCCCUGCUCGCACUCCUGCUCCGAACGAGUUGGAGUAUCUGGACGUGUUUGACUUCUUUAACAUGCCUCGAUUACCAGUCUCUAUGGACGCUACUAUGAGUUAUACUGCUGGAGAAGGCAUGCAGAUUCCCGAAGGCGCGUACGAGAACGAGUCGAAUAUCACAAACUACAUGGUCGACGCUAGCUCAGACUGGUUUAUGAAGCAAGCGUCGUCGUAA